CCGAGCUCGGCUGUCGUCCGAAGGCCCCUUAAACGGUGUUAUUUCUCGACCACAAAGGAAUCCGAGAAACCCUUAUUUGUUCCUUUCUCAUUGCCUUGCCCGUACCCGUUCGAGAAGGAGACAUCCAGCACUCGAAAAUCCUGUCACCAUGGCCCUAAUCCCUCCUCCUGGCGUCUACGUCCCGUCGCCGACCUUUUUCAAACCCAUCGCUCCCGGAGCUCACCAGGCCGAGGUCGACGUCGAGACUCAGUCCGAGCACAGCGUAUUCUUAGCGAAGAAUGGAAUCCACGGUCUUGUCUUGCUCGGUUCGACGGGAGAGGCCGUCCACCUUUCUCGCGCCGAGCGGAUAGCUCUCCUCGGCGGGGUUCGUAAAUCACUCGACGCUGCCGGUUUUCCCGACUACCCGAUCAUGGCCGGCGUCCUCGUCAACGCUGUAGAUGAGGCUCUAGAAUGGAUCCAAGAUUCGAAGGAUGCCGGGUGCCAGUGGGGAUUGGUCCUGGCGCCCGGGUACUUCGGCGGCGCCGCAUCGCAGCAGGGUCUGAUAGAGUGGUACACGACCGUUGCGGAUAAGAGCCCGCUUCCUAUCUUGAUUUACAACUACCCCGGAGUGACCAACGGUCUCACCGUGACACCGGAGACGUACGAGAAACUUGCGCAGCACCCAAAUAUCGUGGGCUGCAAGAUGUCUCACGGUAACGUAUCAUACCACGUUCAGGUAUCGACAUCGCCCGUGAUCGAUCACGAUACCUUCCGCGUCUAUAGCGGCUUUGGCCAACAGCUCGGACCCAUUGUCACGUUUAAUGCUGCCGGCGUGAUCGACGGGCUAUCAGCGAUCUUCCCUAAGACGGUAGUGCGCUUGUUUGAGCUAUCUAGUAAACGGCCUAUCGACGAUGCAGCUGUUAAGGAGGCCAGGGUCCUCCAGUACCGAGUCAGUCGCGCAGAGGAAUUCAUUGGCCGCUGGGGUAUCCUGGGAAUCCGGGAAGCAAUCUACCGUGUCGUCGGCCUGGGCAAUCUCGAGGGUGGACGCGCACCCCUAAGAGGGAAGAUCCCCGAUGGUGCGUGGGAAGAGUGGACUGAGGUCAUGACGGCUGUGGCAGAACCAUGAUCGAUAUACAGUUGAUUCGAGGCUAUCGCAUGCAU